GCGUCUGAGUGGAAUUAGUUGCAUUGCGGACGAAAUGCCGAGGAUGUCGAACGGAGUGGCAUCUUCUCGCGUCGCAUGGCCUCGGAUCUACCUGUUCGGUGACACCCUGACGCAGUCAUCUUUCAUCUUCGGUGGUUGGGGAUCUGUCAUCGCGGAGUGCUUUUCGAGGCGCUGCGAUGUGCUGUGCCGCGGCCUGCGCGGCUACAACACGCGGGCGUGGAGGCAAGCAUUGCCCCUCGUGUUGGGCCCCGAGGACGCUCGCAGCGUGGCCGCGCUUGUCCUGAUGAUGGGCACCAGCGACAGCGCCGACCCACGUGAUCCCGAGGCAACGCACGUGCCGCUAGACGAGUACGCCGACAACGUGGCCUACAUGCUGGGCUACGUCAAGGCGUGCGGAAUUUCCUACGGCAAGAUCAUCCUCGUCACUCCUCCGCCAAUUGACGAGCAGCUGUGGUUGGCGCAUUGCAGGAGACGAGGCAGAAACACAGUCCGCACGUCGUCGUCCGUCACCAAGUACGCGAAGGCUUGCGCCAUGGUCGGUUUGGGAAAAGGCGUCAAGGUGGUCGACGCACAUUCGCACUUUCUGAACGAUGCGCACUGGAGUAGGCUGUUGUCCGACGGCAUCAAUCUGUCCCCGGCCGGGUCGCACAAGCUCGCCUCCGUCCUCAUACCUGUGCUCAAGGAAGUGGUCGGCGAAGCCCCUCGGCUGUUCCCUGAGUUCUCGGAACUCGAUCCCGACAAACCGGAGGACUCGAUCUCGGCCUGGGCGUCGGCAACGUGCGACUGCGCUCGUUUGUAGCUCGCUCACUUACAGACCUUCUGUUCAGAGUUCCCUGAUAUUGUUAUUAGGGCGAAACCCUCAAACGGCUCCUGAGAAGGAUUACUCGGUGGAGGACAGGCGUCUGAUAUAAAAGCUCACGUGACCAAAAGAGUUCCUUGUUGAUCGAGAGACGUGCCAACUGUCCGUCCACCUCAUCAUUGUGGCGUUCUAGGAGAUUGAAAGAAACACAAGCGAAGAUAGAUGAAUAUGUGAUGUUUAACGUCCCACAACUCCCAUAUGAUAAACACAAGCAAAGACACUUACUGAGCCCUUUAGUGGGGGCAUGCGGCUUGAGGAUCAGCAAGCCCUAAAGCGGAUGCUAAGACAACCUGUGAGUUUUCGUGGAUAAUUUAUUAAUAUUAAUCAACCGCGCCUAUUUGUGAGUAAGGACAACCAAACAUUUUUGUAGUUACCAAACACUUUUGUAGUAACCAAACACUUUUGUAGUCACCACACUUUUGUAGUUACCAAACAGUGCAAGCCUUGUCAUAACUGCGUUGCUUUUUCGUCGCGUUGGUUUAUCAUUUCUUUCGGUGGUAUUCCCAUUUGAUAACAGAGAUGCACUAAAAUGUUCAAAGGUCAGCACUAUACAGCACGCAAGCGUAGCAUCUCGUGAAAGCGUAGCUGCGCCAAACGUGAAACUGCAUUAAAACUAGUUUUUUUUU